AUGCCUGGUCUGGGUCGAAGGAGGGGUGGAAAGGAGCAAAUGUGGUGUGAUGAUGGAGUCGGUGGGAGAGCGGUGUGGCGGGAGAGGCAGACCGUCUUCGAGGCGGACCAUCAGAUUCUCCAAGUGACUCGGUCUCUCCCUGUUGGCUACGAGCAAAGAUGUCGACCCCUGUCACCUACCGUGCGAGUAAUCCUUGAGCGUGCCUCUUCAGAGUUCGCCCGACCGGACCAUCCCAUCGCGUUGGGCGAAGCAUUGUCCGUAAUGGAGAAGCUGAACACUGAAGAUGGACAGCUCUUCAUCAAAAAUCUCGCCAGUUUUGUACGCACCCAUGAAAAGGCUCUUGCGAAUGCCCUCCAAUUGAAGCGUCAGCCUACGAAGAAUGCACAAUCUACACAUAGCCAGUCGAGCUCUGUCACGAGCUCGGCGUCAUCCAGCUUCGCAGCAGCCUUAUCAUUUGGUGCAUUGAAAUUUUCCUCCCAAAACAUAAAACCUGCCAAACUCACUCUAACUCCUCAUCACCUCUUCUAUCUCCUUUCCCGCUUCGAGGACCUUGCUAUAUCCGUGGGCCCCAUGAGUGUUAGGCUGGAGAAUAUCCAUACAGAUGUGUCUCAAUCCUAUGUCUCUUUCCUGAACAAGCCGCAGCGGUCCAGGGGUGACCGGGACUCUAUUCACUCUGUGUCAAGUGUCCGUAGUGUUAUGUCUGGUAUGAGUGCUAUCUGGUCUUCCUUUGGCCUAGGAUCCAAGGAUUCAAUCUCCAAGUCGGAAAAGGCAAAAGCAGCUUUAGAAGCGGAUACUAAAUACCUAUACUCUGCCUUUACAAAGAUCCCUUGUCUCCGUUUAGCCCCGGACCGCCGUGCCCGCUUAAUCCGUGGAUAUGAAGAAUUCCCUUUCGACACCGCUGUCCCUCUCCAUUCCUUCAAAAAUUUGAGUGCUUUAGAGAUCAUUGAUAUAGACUACCGCUCAUUCUUUGGCUGGGAUCGACUAUCCGAGCAGUUGCGCACAUUGACCGUCAAAAGAGCAAACAUCGAAGAUCCGGCAGAUUUGCUGACGCGAAUAGUCCUGGAUGACAUUGAUAGACGUCGACGACGAUCAUCCAAAAAUCAACCGUCGCCUGUGCUUGGAUGGACUGGAAAUGCGAACCCCCAGCCAGUUUACAGGCCCGAACAUCCCAGCUCCCUGUCUGCUCCUGGGUCCCCUGUUGCGGAUACGGCCUUUGGUACAAGCGCCAGCCCUCAGGCAGCUUCCAUGAUUCGUGUAGGAUCCGAGGGUGCUAAAGUCCGAACCCGAACUGGAAGCAUCUCCCCUUCGCGCCCGACCAGUUCAAAACACUCCAUGUACCGCCACACCCGAGGUAAUCCUUCACGGAUAAGGCGUACCGGGUCUGGCAGUUCCAACUCCAGUGAGAACUCGGGAAACCGGAAUGGAAGUUCUUCGAACCUGCUCACUGGAGCCCUUCCGCCCUCCAAAUGGCGCUUCUUACGUCAUCUUGGUCUCCCCGAUAAUUCCUUGACCUCUAUCUCUACUACUGGUCUUGCUCCAGUUGCUAACACGCUUCACUCGCUUGACCUGUCAACGAACCUCUUUACUGAAGUACCAGACAGUUUGGCGACUCUGGUAGGUCUAAGGGCAUUGAACCUGUCGCAUUGCAUGAUUGAGUCGCUCCACUCCCUGUCUCGGAAUCCAUUGCCAGCCAUCACUGCACUGAAUCUUCGCGGCAAUCGACUUCGUUCCCUCGCAGGAAUUGAAAGGCUGCUUUCAUUGGAAAGGCUGGACCUUCGUGACAACAACCUCACUGAUCCGACCGAAAUUGCUAGACUCACCAGCCUCCCUGAGAUACGGGAGAUCUGGGUGUCGGGAAAUCCUUUCGUGAAGACGCACUCAGGCUACCGUGUUGUUAUAUUCAAUCUAUUCCGUCGUACGCCAGGGUACUCAGAGGAUAUCAUUAUUGAUGGAACUGGCCCAGGGUAUACUGAGAGGAAGCAGCUGGUCGAUCGCGCUGCCGAGCCCGAAGCCGCACCGGUAAUACGGUCCACUGCUGCAGAUCGUUCAGCUAUUGUCAGUAAACCAUCCAACGCUAUUGUGCAGGGUGUCCCAGCCGCCCAGCCCAACGAGGAACAGGUCAAGUACCCGUUGCAGCGAACGCAGAGGACGGAGCCAGGAGUGGCGCCUAAUCGGCUAAAGAAGGGUCAACGGAGGAUUGCCGACCGAUCUGCGGGAAAUCCUUCUGUCGAUGGUAAGGCGGACUCAGGUGCAGUCGUACCUUCCAUUCUUUCUGCUCAGCAAAUUCAAUUACCCGUUGAUCCAUUUGCCUCGCCGCCACCCGACCAUCAAUGGAUAUCUGAUGGUGGAACCCAGGCCGGACCCUGUAAUGCACAAUUCGCGGUCAAGAUCGGCCAGGAGCACGGGGAAUCCGUUGUUCACCUUAGCGAAUCCCUUUCUUUACAGCGCAAGCUCCCGGGCGUGGACUGGAAUGCGGAUGCAGAGUUCUAUAGACGGAAUUUGGAUGCCUUGAAGCACGAAGUCGGCAGCAGCUGGCUCUCGAUGCUUGGAGACCGCACUUGGGAGUCUCAACACCGAGAUAUCAGCACCCCCCGCACCGGAGCUGAUAUUGUUGAUCCAUCAAUAAUUCCUACGGAUGCACUCGCCAGAGCCAGCACCCAGCCUAUUCUGAGCGGAGGCCAUACACUGAAUUAG